CACGACAACUGGACCGGGUUGGGUCCCUUGAUCGAGAUAACCGGAGCAAACGGUCCGCAAGUUUCAGGUAUAGCUUUGUCAAGUGUGGUGUCUCAGGCUAUUUUCGAAGGGGAGUGGACCUUGACGAGAGGCCGUCACAGAAUCAUUCAGUUGCUGCGUGCAUGCCUACCUGCUCAACCUCCUACACUUAUACAUGGUUCAGACGAUUACUUUUUAUGGAGAACUUCCGCUGAUACUGCGCCUAGCCAAUUCUCAGCUUCUAGAACGUCAAAGGCAUUGCAUCCUACACCAGCAACGGUGCCGUGGUAUAGCUCAAUUUGGUUCAAAUCUGGAAUUCCAAAGCACGCUUUCCAUGCUUGGGUCUCGGUCCGAGGUAGGCUACCAACACGAGAUAAACUUCUAAAUUGGAGAAUGAGUGUUCCCUCCACGUGUCUGCUCUGCGGUUUAGGUGAUGAAUCAAGAGACCACAUAUAUUUCUCUUGUUCUUAUUCUAGGUCAGUAUGGGAUUCUUUCUUUACUCAAACAAGUUUUAAUCAGCCAUAUACUUUCAGUGAGGUCAUCAGGUGGGUUCAUCACUCUACCCCGCCUGGAAAAAUAAGAACGAUUUGCAAAUUGGUUACACAAGCCGUUUUCUAUGCUAUAUGGAAUGAGAGGAACAAAAGAUUGCAUACUUCAGUGGCAAGGCACCCUCAGCUUAUUAUAAGGGAGAUUCAAAUCAUUCUGAAAGCCAAAUUGUAUGGUAUGGAUCAGAAUGUAGGGAACACCAAUAGGAUCAGUUCAGUUCGACCAAACCCAGGGGACAGAUAUCUUCACUUAUGGUUCCAGAACUUCCCAUCAUGACCUGAUUCCUUCAAAUCGUCAUCUAAAAUUAUUUUCUUGUUGCACAUGUGUUUUAUCUGUUGCUGCCUAUUAAGCCUGCUUCUACUAUGUAUCUUCUGAAACAAUAUCCCUUCCUGGAAGUAGGAAAGAUGAAUAAAAGUUUUAGUUAAAAAAAAAAAAAUGAAAAGCUUUUCAAAUAAAAACAAGCUACAAGGGAAUAUACGGACGUAAAUAUGAACUCGAUGCAAUUAAUCAAUAAUUUUGGAGUCCGAAGAUUGGUCGACUAAGCCUCCAGUGGAUAAUAAUAUAGAGUUUAUGAACCCCAAAUGAAGGGAAACUGAUAAAUUAAAUAUUGACUUAGACUGCUUGACCAUGUCAUUUUAUUUUGUCAACUGGAUAUGUCAUCUUAAUACUUUCAAUUUAAAAAAGUUAUUUAAUUUAUAUAACACGACAAAAGAAGGUGAGUAGUCGACAGAACAUGCUGAGGAGCAAACCUUAUUAUUUAUAUUGGUAAGAAAAAUAUUUAGAUAAUAUUAUUUUGUUCUUUGACGUCCAGUUGUAUCAUUAUACUCAAAAUCUUCUAAUAACUGUUUUCUGUUUAAAUAAAAAUAUGUUUAUCUAUUUUCUUAUGACAAACUAAUGAAAUAAAUCUUUCUCUGAAAUAUCGUCUCGAGAUUACUUUUCAUAAAUACAAAAUGUGUUGUAUUCCACAUUAAUUAGAGGUAUUGGCUUAUCUUAUAGAUUGAUCUUCGUUGCAGAGUGUAAUUGCACUUUUCACAAACUCCGUUAUAUUUUUGCUGAAGAAACUCAAGCAUACUGCAAACUAGGUCCUCCAUCAUGGUCUUAUAUAUCACGGAUUGUAACAGAUAAUUUAACAUCCUUAUCUUAAAACAUACAAUAAAUUAAUAUGCUUUAAUACUUUGUGUAUAGUUCAAGGUUGUUUGUGUGUCAUGUACAGACUACAGUUAUAUAUUCAUUACAUCAAAGACCAACAAUAACGGGACUAUUUAGUUAUAUUCUUAAAGCUAUUUGUUGGAACUCUAAGAAUACACAUUUUUUUUUUAUAUUGACAGUAUGUUGGGCUUAACGGAACAUCGGAGACGAUUCCAAAAAUCGUCGGUAGAUAAGAUGCUUGCGUCCGUAGUUUUUGUUAAACUAAUAACUGUUCACAAAUCACACUUACUGUCUUGUUCUUAAUUUCUCUUAUCAUCAAACCAAUCUAUAUAGAUAGUGAUACAUAUUGUGUACGAGAAAGUAUGUAAUGAAUGGUCUCAAGUCUGUC